GUCAUGAUUAAUCCGAUCUCGCCCACCAGGUUCCUUUUAUGUUUUAGAAAACAUAAAACUUGCCUACCUUUCCCAACUUCUUCUUCUCCCGUUCCUGUUCUAAAGCACGAACCACGCCACAAAUGCUGUGAGGUCGAAGAUGGAAAAGCUCAUAAACAAAGUCCGACAGCAUGUCGAUCCGAGAAGCCGAGUCCAAAUUCUGUCAGACUUGCACCUCGAAGUAGGGCAACAAUACUCGACCUUUACCUUUCCUGCAUCCGCGCCAUUCCUGAUCCUGGCGGGCGACAUUGGCCGCUUAAUCGACUUCGAGGGCUACCGCGGCUUCCUCGAAUCCCAGGUAUCACGUUACAAAAAGGUGUUCCUAGUCCUCGGGAACCACGAGUUCUACGGCCUAGAUUACCAAUCCGGCCUCAACGAAGCGCGACGUCUCAGCCAGGAACCGUCGCUGUCGGGCAGGUUGGUGUUGCUGCACCGUGCCAGGUGGGACGACCCCGACUCCGACCUGACCAUCGUCGGUUGCACUGUCUGGUCAGCCAUUCCGGAAGCAGCCCGCGGCAUCGUUGAGACUAAGGUCAAUGACUUCAAAAAGAUCGACCAAUGGACCGCGCAACAGCACAACGCGAUCCACCAAGAGGAAGUGGCCUGGCUCCGCGAGCAAGUUCAACAAACCACAACCAGCGGACCGAAAAGGCGACUUCUCAUCGCCACCCACCACGCGCCCUGUAUCGAAGGGACGGCCCGACCGGAUCAAGUCCACAACCCCUGGAGUUCAGCCUUCGCAACGGAUCUGGUGCAACAAGAAGGAUGGGGCGGCGUCAAGGUCUGGGUGUUUGGGCACACGCACUACUCGUCGCGGCUGUCGCGGGACGGCAUCCAAUUGGUUUCGAAUCAGCGAGGGUAUGUCCUUCCGGGCAGCUCGGCAAUGCGGAAAGAAGGUGGAAAGGUGAAGAAUGGUGAAGAGUUUGAUGCUGCCUUCGUUGUAGCUGUGUAAUACCAGAUAACUAUAAGCAUUUCUGGGCGGCCCCUAUUCUGUUUGUCAGCUCUAGAAACCU